AUGGCUACAGGGAACAUGAACACCAUGCGCAAGCACUGGCAGAACAAGCACAGCUGGUCGCCAUAUCCCAGCCGUGGCCGUACAGCGCCACAAAAGCGUACGGCAGCACAGGAUGAGGUGGACAGAUCAUGCCAGAAGGUGCAGUUCCAGCAGAUAUUUGCAUCGCGCAAGGGCUCCCACUACAUACAGAUCCAGACUAAGGAGACUACUGAGCAUACCGGCACGCCAGACCAGAACAGAGCCAGCCAGGCCAUUGAUGAGCUGGAGCGAUUUUACCAGGAACAGCAACGGCAGACCAGCAAUGUCAUCCAGGCCGGGGAGCACGAUGAAGCCAACCCAUGGCUGCGGCGGACCAGAUGGCCGGUGUACUUGACCAACAUCGCACCCAAUGAUCUGGUCAACUGCGUCCAGCGGCCCGACGAUGACACCACGUGCCCAGAUGAACUGGCCGCGAGGGCCAUCUGGGAGGCCAUGGGUCAGGUUGCCCGUACCAGCCAGCGAGUCAUCACACGGCUGGGCCACUUCGUCCGCAUCGAGGCCAUCCGCACAGAGCGACACCAGACCCGGCACACCCCGUUGCAGGCGUACAUGGACGAGGAGAGCAUCGCUGAGCACGUGAGGCCAUGGCAGCAGAUGUUGAUGUUUUUCGCCCGAACGCAGGUCGAGCAUGAAUGGACGAGCCCACAGUACCGGUUCACACCACGGCAGCGCAAGACAUGGAGGGUAUUAUGGCAGGUAGCCACCACAGAGGGAGCCGACCAGCGACACCCCAUCAGCCCAGACCCCAUGGAUGAGCAGAUGACUGAGGAAGAAGAAGAGGAGGAGGAGGUGGUGGUGGUGGAGGAGGAGGAGGAGAAGAGACAGAGAGAUACCCAGUCAGAAGAAGAAGAUAAGUUCAAAUUAACCAAGAUGCAGAUGGCAUGUUUGGAUUUUUGCAUUGAGCUGCUGAACCAGCGGGUUCAGGUGGAGGAUUAUGAGUGCGCGCUGAUGAGCAUGUUGAGAUUUUUGCAUUGA